GAAGCUGACGACCAAUAAAUUUUGUUCUACACCAUCAUUUGAAAGUGUACCCCCCAUUUGGCACCGCCAUCUGUGCCAAAUCCUUAUCACCUCACAUCUCCAUAUAAAUACCUUCCACAGUUCCUUCUAUUUCGGCACCUAUAUCCUUUUCUUGGCAAGUAUCAUCCAUUCCACCAAUCUGUUGUUGUAACUUAAAAUGUACGAUUGGUGUAUCAAUGUAACCAUAGGCCUUUUGGUAUGCCUCACACCAUUUUGCAUUCCCAUAAAGCUUCGAAACCCUCGGCUCCGAACCGUACGAACCUGGUUAAUCGUGGCCUUUAUCAUUUCAUUGUUCAUCACCUUCACACCCUCAAUAGCCGUAGACGGAGCUCCCAUCCACAAGUACGGAGAGGGAAAAAUUGCAUAUUAUAGCUGCAGCUCCCAGGUGAUGAAAUUGGCUCAGUUCUGCCCCAAAGACGAGCGGUAUACAUGUGUGUGCCAAAAUCCCAACGCCAGGGCGUCCAUGGCCUACUGCUACGACUAUGCGUACUCCACGGUGAAAUACUCCAUGUUGGACUUGUGUGCCACCGAAUGUGACACGACUCUCACUCGACAGGACUUCGAUGAGGCGUUGGCCAACUACUCCAAGUUCUCCCGAGACAUCAGCCAUGACGGUAGCUUAAGUGACGAUCAGUUUGUGGAUUUCCCGGUGAAAUUGGACCACUCACAAAUGUUGUUGUACAAGAGGCUGUACGAUCAGGUGUUGGGAAACUACGACCGUUCCAUCUACUACGGUGGUGUGCUCAUUCUCUACUGGUUGGUGUUUUUUUUGGGUGUUUCCAUCAUUAACUGGUCCAAGUUCAUCUUUCCGCACUUGGUGAAGCGGAUGGUGGAUCCAUACACAAACUGGCUCAGAAAACACCUCUUUGUGCCGGCCACAGCCGGACUUAGAAAGACCAACGAGAAGCCGUUUUUGAAGGUUCUUGACUUUUUGGUGCCCACCCGGUUGGAAACUGCAUCCUUGACAGGUUUUUUUAUUCUACUCGCACAUCUCGUGACCAAAGAAAUGCACUACGUGGAUGGAGAUCCUAUCUUUACCAGCAAGGGCCGGGCGUUCCUCCGGUACUAUGCGGUUCGAACCAGUAUUCUCACGAGCUCCAUGAUGCCGUUGUUAAUUCUUUUUGGUGGUAGAAAUAACGUUUUGCAGGUGGCCACCAGGUGGGACUAUUCUUCAUUUAUCACCUUGCACAGGUGGAUCUCCCGAAUGCUUGUGAUUUUGAUCACUGGCCACUCGUUGUUCUACAGUUUGUAUACGUCUGACUUUUAUGAAUUAGCCUCAUAUGAUUAUAUCAGAUGGGGGAUUCUUGGAACCCUCAGUGGGUUGGUCUUGUGCGUUCACAGCUUGUUGGUUCUCCGACGAAAAUACUACGAGGUUUUCUUGUUGCUCCACAUCGUGUUGGCCCUUGGCUUCAUUCUCGGGGCAUACAUACACGUGAUGUACCUCUACUGCUUAUGGUUCUAUCACUUCACGUUUGCCGUAUGGAUCUUCGAUAGAGUGAUACGAAUUGGCCGGUUGAUAAGCUUUGGCUUCCCUCAUGCACAUGUGAUGCUUUUGGCUGACGAAGCCUUGAAAGUGGUGAUUCCAAAGCCAGCUGAAUGGGAAACAAUCCCAGGAGGCCAUGUUUUUCUUCAUUUUUUGAGACCUUCUUGUUUCUGGCAAUCCCAUCCUUUCACAUAUACCAUCUCACCCAACAACCCCAACGAAAUAGUGGUUUUCAUCAAGGUGAAGAAGGGGGUCACCGAGUCUCUUUAUCAUUAUCUCCAAACCCACCCUGGCAAAUCUGUUAGUAUCCGGGUUGCAGUUGAAGGCUCCUAUGGAGAACAGACUCCUGCCAGCAGGUACAAUAGUGCUAUGUUUGUGGCUGGAGGAAACGGUAUACCAGGUAUCUUUGCUGAAGCAGUUGAUUUGGUCAGAUAUCCGUCGAACCAGAAGGUCCGUUUGAUCUGGGUGGUAAGAGAAUAUCGAUCUUUGUACUGGUUUUACGAAGAGCUUUUAUCGUUGAAGAACACUCAUAUCGAAACAAUUAUCUACGUCACAAAACCCGAAAGCUAUGCCCAUCUUGACGAAUUCAAUCUUCGGUUCCCUGGAGCUGAACAUGAAGUCAGCGGUGAAGAGACCUCUUUGACAUCCAUGCCAUUAAUGAGCUAUGGAUCUUCUGACAGCACAACGGCGGAACAGGUCAUUGAUAAGAUCCACCGUGAGUUGUCGUUUAUCACCUUUGAAGAGGGAAGACCUUCAAUGGAUGGAAUUGUCAAACAUACCAUCAAGGAAAGUGAAGGUUCUGCUGCCUUCAUUACCUGUGGUCAUCCAGUAAUGGUAGACGAUUUAAGGGCAGCCGUGGUUGCAAAUAUAGACAACGAGAGCCACAAGCGUGUGGAUUACUUUGAACAGCUCCAGGUUUGGGCUUAAUAUUCCAUUCUCAUUUAUAGAAUCAUGCAUUAGUAUAUUUAUUCCAAUAUAUUUAUUCCAAUCUAA